UCCUCCUGCCACUGAAAAUCGUAAUCGUAGCUAUCAGACCGGAGCGUUUGCAGAGUAAAAACCGCUUCCUCGGAGCCCAGACCGAGCCGAUUCCCAGUGCAAUGCACGUUAGGCGUUUAUUUACAUUUUCUGAACCCACAACCGUGUAAAGAUCCAAAAGGAACGGGCUGCAGCGGUGUGUGUUUUAACCAGAAACCCGUCAAAUGAACUCCGUCAGAGCGACCAACCGUAGACCCCGGCGAGUGUCGAGGCCGCGCCCGGUGCCGCCUGACAGAAACAACGCAGAAAGAGAUGAGGAAGUUCCUGCCGAGAUGGUCGCAGAAGAGUCCGGUCAAGGAGCUCAGAAUAGUCCGUACCAACUUCGAAGAAAAUCUCUGUUACCGAAGAGAACAACGUGUCCAACAAAGACCAACAUGGAGGGUGCUUCCACAUCAACGACAGAAAACUUUGGGCAUCGGGCUAAACGUGCCAGAGUGUCUGGAAAAUUACAAGAUCUGUCUGUCACUCCAGCAGAGCAGUACUUGCAGGUGAAGCUUCCUGAUGAGGUGGUUUUAAAGAUCUUCUCGUACCUGUUGGAGCAGGACCUUUGUCGAGCCGCAUGUGUGUGCAAGCGCUUUAGUGAACUGGCCAAUGACCCCAUCCUCUGGAAGAGACUUUAUAUGGAGGUUUUUGAGUACACACGUCCCAUGAUGCACCCCGAGUCUGGAAAGUUCUUUCAGAUUAACCCAGAGGAGUAUGAGCAGCCCAACCCCUGGAAAGAGAGCUUUCAGCAACUGUAUAAAGGUGCUCACGUGAAACCAGGCUUUGCAGAACAUUUCUACAGUAACCCAGCCAGAUAUAAGGGACGAGAGAACAUGCUGUAUUACGACACCAUCGAGGAUGCUCUGGGAGGGGUUCAGGAAGCCCAUUUUGACGGUUUGAUAUUUGUUCACUCUGGGAUCUACACAGAUGAAUGGAUCUACAUCGAGUCACCAAUCACAAUGAUAGGAGCUGCUCCGGGAAAAGUAGCAGAUAAAGUCAUCAUUGAGAACACUAGAGAUUCAACGUUUGUGUUUAUGGAGGGGUCAGAGGAUGCAUAUGUAGGCUACAUGACAAUAAAGUUUAAUCCUGAUGAUAAAUCAGCUCAACAUCACAACGCUCAUCACUGUUUGGAAAUCACAGUCAACUGCAGCCCCAUCAUUGACCACUGCAUCAUCCGCAGCACCUGCACAGUGGGCUCAGCGGUGUGUGUUAGCGGUCAGGGUGCAUCCCCCACUAUCAAACACUGUAACAUCAGUGACUGUGAGAAUGUGGGACUCUACAUCACAGACCAUGCACAGGGCAUUUACGAAGACAACGAGAUCUCCAACAAUGCUCUAGCUGGAAUCUGGGUUAAAAACCACGGCAACCCCAUCAUCAGACGGAACCACAUCCAUCACGGGAGAGAUGUUGGGGUGUUCACGUUUGACCACGGCAUGGGCUACUUUGAAAGCUGCAACAUCCACAGGAACCGGAUAGCGGGCUUCGAGGUGAAGGCAUAUGCUAACCCCACAGUGGUGCGCUGUGAAAUCCAUCACGGUCAGACGGGAGGCAUCUACGUACAUGAGAAGGGUCGAGGACAGUUCAUCGAAAACAAGAUCUAUGCAAACAAUUUUGCGGGCGUGUGGAUUACUUCCAACAGCGACCCCACAAUCAGGGGUAACACCAUAUUCAAUGGCAACCAGGGUGGUGUUUACAUUUUUGGUGAUGGCAGAGGUCUCAUUGAAGGGAAUGAUAUCUAUGGCAAUGCUUUGGCGGGGAUUCAGAUCAGGACCAACAGCUGCCCUAUCGUAAGGCACAACAAGAUCCAUGAUGGACAGCACGGAGGAAUUUAUGUGGUGGGCGUUUAUUUCUAUGAUAACGGUCAUGGUGUGUUAGAAGACAACGACAUCUACAACCACAUGUACUCUGGAGUUCAGAUCAGAACUGGAAGUAAUCCCAAAAUAAGGAGGAAUAAGAUCUGGGGUGGACAGAAUGGAGGAAUCCUUGUUUACAAUUCAGGUUUAGGCUUAAUAGAAGACAAUGAGAUCUUUGAUAAUGCCAUGGCUGGAGUUUGGAUCAAGACAGACAGCAACCCAACACUCCGCAGAAACAAGAUCCACGAUGGGAGGGAUGGAGGAAUCUGUAUAUUUAACGGAGGACGAGGUUUGUUGGAAGAGAAUGAUAUCUUCAGGAACGCUCAGGCCGGAGUUCUCAUUAGCACUAACAGUCACCCUGUGCUUCGCAAGAACAGAAUAUUCGACGGUUUUGCUGCUGGUAUUGAGAUUACAAAUCAUGCAACUGCAACUUUAGAAGGCAAUCAGAUCUUCAACAACCGUUUUGGCGGGCUGUUCUUGGCAUCUGGUGUCAAUGUCACAAUGAAAGAUAACAAAAUCAUGAACAAUCAAGAUGCGAUUGAAAAAGCUGUGAGCAGAGGUCAGUGCCUGUACAAGAUUUCCAGUUACACCAGCUAUCCUAUGCAUGAUUUUUACAGGUGUCACACCUGUAACACGACAGACCGUAACGCCAUCUGUGUGAAUUGUAUCAAGAAAUGCCAUCAAGGACAUGAUGUAGAAUUUAUUAGACAUGAUAGGUUUUUCUGCGACUGUGGCGCUGGGACAUUGUCGAACCCUUGCACGCUAGCCGGAGAGCCAACUCACGACACAGACACACUGUACGAUUCGGCCCCUCCUAUAGAGUCCAACACCCUGCAGCACAACUGAAGCGGAGCGCAUCAGCUAACAGACUCUAUGUGCUCAGUCCAGUGCAGACGAGAUUACACGCUAGAAAUAAUUCAAUUUUAUAAGACAAAAAAAAAACUCUUUGAAAAAGGAAUUAAUGCAUUAUUGUGUACACUUGCACAUGUUGAGAGGAAACAUUUCUAUUUAAACAAAUGAAAAUACAAACAUACCAUUCUUUGCAAGCGAUUGUUUCGAGAAAUGGACGGUUGCGAUACUCUUGGGCACUUGUAUCGCGUACCAGCAUGCCGGAAGGUGGUGACUCAGGAUUUCUGGAGUAACGGAUGGCGGAUGGUUGAGAGUGCAGUUCUAUACGAACCUCGCACAAGCCGAAGGUCUAAGCCAUACGACAGAUACGGCUGCUUUAAAACCAGAACCAGAGCGUAUAGACUUGCAGUGCUUCCCAUGCAACCGCGCUAGUGUAUAUGUAUGGAAAAAAAUGACCCAGCACUUCAGUUUUGGUUUGUUUUGUUUUUUUAAAGAGAUGUAAUUCAGUUUUGAUUUUAAUGCUUUCUCAUGUAGUUUUGUAUUUUCAAGCAAAAAUCUUAAAUGUACUUGAAUGUCUUUAUUUUAUUAAGUAUAUUAAUUUUGGAGUUGUUUAUACCUUAGUCUUGCUGUUAUUGUUCUCAUGUCGCAGGGUGUACGUUCUUUCUGUGAAAGAGAUUUGAGGAAAAAAAAAGAUUGAGAAACACUAAGUAUUCUCCAGCAAUGUUUUGAGUUUGACAAACGUGAUGUUUAUGAAAAAAAAUGAAGAAGAAAAAAGUGUUUUUACGUGGCUGGUUGCGCAACAAUUUGGCCAAUCCUUAUUCAUUCAGAAAUGAUUUAAAAAUGUUAAUUCCCGCCUGCUUAUCCUGAUUGGACAAAAGCAGGUUAAGUUUGAAACUGUCUUCGAGCUUGUGGCCAUUGCAUAAAAGACGGCAGACUUGUGAAAGCAUCGCGUUCUCGUGUCAUUUCACUCAGAAUGCCACGAGUGAGGUGACAUGCAAGCGGAAACAACAUUGCUGGAGAUGUUAAAAAAGGCUUCUUGCUCAUUUGAAGCUCUGAUGAUUAUCUGUACAGCUUUUUUGUGCCCCCCCCCCCUCUCUCCAUCCAUCCAUCUGUAUUUGGUGACUGUGGGUUCUCAUACAGCCUGAAUUGUAUGCAUGUUCCAUGACAUCUAGACUUAAUAUAUUGUGAAGUACUCAAUAACCAUUAUGUAGCUGUUAGUAAUUAAUCAAAAGGUUUAAUUUCCUAGUCGAAGAGGAACGUGUUACAUUUUUAAAAAUAAACUUUAUUAGAUCAUUUCAGUAGUGAGGAAUGUUUUCUACAUGAACAUAAAAUCUCAUGGACUUGUGAACAGGUAAGCACUAAAACAAUAAAACAUUUUCCAUUUAAUGAUUGGCAGUCAUUCGAACCAAUGUGGCGAACUGUUCACGAUCAGCUAUGGGGUCUUCAGCAAAUGAGCACAAUUUCCUGUUGAGACAAAUUUUAAUGCAGAUUAAGCACAUUGGU